AUGGCCUCAGAAUUCAUUGGCUACACCAUCGUUGUCACCUUGAAGUCCCCACCUCCUACAAAACAGCUACAGGGCAUAGUGGCUGAUGUUGUCGAGCAACAGCUAGUUCUCGAGAACGUCACUCUUUUGUGGAACGGCCAACACCUCCCUUUGCACCGCAUUGAUUCUUCAGUCAUUGCGGACCUGGAAGUUGUAGCACAGCAGCAAAAUGCUUUUGCAGGCUCGGAGAAUAUCCAUCCUGCACACCAGCGAACACAGGACUCUGAAGCGCCUGAUGUAUCUGCUCCGGAACCCUUUAUCGAUCCUGCCAUCUUGAGCUUCACCAAACCUCCAAUUGAUACUCGCACAAUCUCUGCAGACAGUCACCCAUCUCAACAUCUCCAACCAGACAUCAUUUCUCCUGUGAUGAUUGCGGAUAGCAUCAAACAAAGCCCUGUCAGCGUGGUUCACCAUGAAAACAGUUUCGUGUCUACAAGAACUACGCUAUCGGGUUCUGCGGCUUGGGUGCCAGCAGCCAAGUCGCCGAGGCGAAGCGAAAGGAGAGACUCUACCGCAACGGCGACGCUGACCAAACCCUUCGAUCACAUGGCUCUGAAGGAAGAGGAUCCUGAUUUGGCUGGCCCCUCAGCAAAAGGGAUUUCUUCCCUGCGGGGAACUGCAAGGAAGAACAGGCGCGGAGUAACCCGGAAAGCAAAGGAUCAUAUUUCUGAAAGUACAGCAGGUCUGAAUGACGCCAGCCACGCGGAGAGUCCACAGACAGCGCUGAAGAAAGCUGCUGGGAAGAGCAAAGGUUGGCGGCAGACACCACUUGUCGAGGAAGCAACAACACUCCAAGCUGAGCCUAAGACAAGGCGUCCGAAACACCAAUCUCGAAAGUCCUAUCUGGAAGACACCAAUGGCUGGGCCACGGAGGAUGCAACUGACAUUCAAGACCUGGGAGAAUUUGACUUCGAGCAUAAUCUAUCCAAGUUCGAUAAGCGUCAGGUUUUUGACGACAUACGCAGAGACGACACCACCGCGGACGGCGACCGCCUGUUCAGCUAUAAUCGCGUAGUCAGACCAGGCACAAAUGGGGGACGCAAUCUUCAUCAUACGGAAAACGUGCUGGACCUACCAACUCCAAAAGCCAACACCUGGAAAAGCGAGGCCGGCGAGACAGAAGACGAGUUACUUGAAGAACAUUAUAGCAGUGGUCGAGCUUCGCGGAGAGAUGGCUCUCGACGGCCACCACCAUCAGGAAAAAGCACAUUGAUUCCCAGCAAGGCUUCUGCAACAGCCUCACCUCUUGAUGGCUCCGCCUCAUCUUUUCGGGCUUCUCUUCGACUAGCCUCUACCAACAAGCCUUGUACCCACAUCCCUCCCCUCCAAAUGCUAGAGAUAGAGCAACUGUGUACCUCCGAGCUUGGUCUAGGUGAUGAGCUCCUCACUGAAAAUGCUGGCCGCGGUAUUGCUGAAGCAGCCCUCACCCUACCACCACACCUGCCUCCCAGUCCAACAAUUCUCUUCUUAGUGGGAAACCACAAAUCCGGGUCCCGCGCCGUAGCAGCAGCUCGACACCUCCGCAACCGCAACAUCCGAGUCACCAUCUGCGUUCUGGGCGGUGAGCGUGAAAACAUGUUCCUGGAGAGCGUAAAAAGACAACUAGACGUCUACCGCAAAAGUGGCGGUUGGACAGUUCGAUGGGAUGAAUUCCAAUCCAAACUCUCGUCAGAAACAUCUCCACAUGAUUUGAUAGUCGAUGCUCUGCUAGGCAUGCACGUCACCUUCUCCGAACUCCGCACCGACGACCAAGCCAUCGCAUUCGAGAUGAUUCGCUGGGCCAAUCGAUCAGCCGCUCCUAUUCUUUCGGUCGAUAUACCUUCCGGUAUGAACGCCUCAAACGGGGAAGUCACCGUCGUAGAUUCCUCCCCACUGAUAAUUCACGCUACCUUCAUCGCGUGCCUGGGCGCACCCAAGAGUGGUCUCGUUGCCGCAUUGGGGACGGGUGAGGGACGCAGCCAUGAUUGGAAGCUUAGCGUUGUAGAUAUUGGGAUCAGUAAUGUGGCAUGGAAGAAAUAUGGGACGAGGAGGAGGCAUGGGGUCGAUUUCGGGAGGGAGUGGGUCGUCAAUCUGAAGUUUGUUGCUGCUGGUGGUGGUGGUGGUGGUGGUGGUGGUGGUGGUGGUGCAGCUGCUCCCACUACCAUCGGAGCAGGUGUUGGUGAAUUUGAUGGGGCUUGA